ACCCAUUUCGGUUUUGUGUAAGUAAAUAAAACAACGCUGGCUGGACGACUUAUUUCGAAUGUAAAUUACGAAGUCGAUUUUGGGCGAAAAUUAAAUCGCUUAUAAUUAGAAUAUAAACGGUUUUCUGUUGUUUAUUGAAAGUGUGCGAUGGAAGGCGCGCAGAAGAUCAUCUCGCAGAAGGAAUAUCUCAAAAAGUACCUCUCGAAGGACAAAAAGGAGAAGAAGAAAAAAGUCAAGAUUUCCUCUUCGACCUUUGUCAAAAGAUCAGUUAUUAUUGAUGAUGAUGUACCUCUAGCCGACAUUCCAGUUGUGAACGAAGAAGAGAUAAUUAAUUUUGACUAUCUUGGCGAUGAGGCUCCUCAGAUUGCUGGGUUUGUCGAUGAUAGGCCUCUGGACAUGAUUUGGAAACCAAUAGGAACGGCCGCCACGAACGAUGACAAUCAGGAUAGGGAAGAGAGGGAGGAGAGAAACUUGCUGAUGAAAGAGCGUUACCGGAAUGAGAACACACUGUCUCUCGAGGAGUGCCCGCCGACAAGCAUGUUUGGCUCGAAGGCCGAAGAAAAGGAGUAUAAGAGCAGGAAAAAAGACGAAUCUGAUUCUGAUGAUAAUACUCAAAGGCAUAGGUCGAAGAAGCAGGAACAUAAAAGACAAAGAAGUGAUGCCGAUUUGGAUACCUAUAAAGGAAAACAAGAUAGAGAUAGUUACAAAUAUAACCAGAGAAAGGACAGAAUGAACAGCGAUUCUGAUGCCGAUUGUAGAAAAGAAAGAGAAAGAAGUAGAAAAGAUGGGUACAAUUCCGACUUAGAUCGUAGAAGGGAAAGAGAAAGGCGCAGAAGGGAAAAUAAUGAUUAUGAUUAUGAUCGUAGAAAAGAUAGAGACAGACACAGGAAAGAAUAUGAUUCUGGUAUAGAUCGUAGAAGAAAUAGGGAUAGACGCAGAAAAGACAAAAGCGAUUCUGAUGGUUCUCCCAACAGAAAAGUAAGAAGAAGAACUGACACUAGAAGAAGAAACGAUAGUGAUUCUGAUGCAUCAGUCGGCAGAAAGAGAAAGAAGUCGCGUGAAAGGGAUUCUUAUAAUUACCAAAGACGAAGGAGAAGGGAUGACGAUUCUGAUGCUUCUGUGGAAAGACACAGAAAGAAGACGGACAGGAGCAGAACAUUGAAAACAAGAAACGAAUCCCCUGAAAAAAAAUCAAAAAGAGAAAAUGGCCAUGAUUCUCAAAAACAAGACAUAUCACAGGCAAAAAAUUCCCUCAGACGCGGAUCAGAUUCUGAUCACUCCCCACCCAGACCUCAAAAACGGGAUGCAAGGCAGUCGCUGGCAGAGUCAGCGGCAAAAAAGAAAAACAAAGAUUCUGACUCAGACUUGUCACCUCCAAGAAAAUCCAACAAGCUCAAUAAGAAACCUAAUUAUGAUUCCGACAAUUCCCCUCCGAGGAAAAACCGUCCUAAGGAACGCAAUUCAAACAUAACAGAAAAAUACGAUUCAGAUCCAUCACCUCCUAGGAAACCCAAAGGAGAAAAACCAAAUAAGAAUUUCUCCAGGGAUCAGAUGGAUAAAACCCUGGAUGGAAAAAAAGCUGGUUUACAAAGUGCAAAAAAUCUUAAGGAGGAACUCAAAGAGCUUAAGGAUAACGAAAACCGUGCUUUUCUUCAGAUGGAUCCUGUAGCUUUAGGUCAGUCUGCGGCGACAGUCGUAAGAGACAGGAAAACCGGUCUCAAAAGGGAUUUGGAGAAGGAGCAGGAGGAAAAUAAAGAGAAGUCAGCGAGAGCAGAAGCUAGAAAGGAAAAAUAUGACAAAUGGGGAAAAGGCCUGAAACAGUUAAGAGAACAAGAAGAGAGGAGGGCCGACACUUUGCAUGAAAUGGCAAAACCUCUGGCUCGGUACAAAGACGACGAGGACCUGGACAAAUUUCUCAGGGCGAGGGAGCGGGAUGGCGACCCUAUGCUCGACUACAUCAGAAAACACCAAGCUGAGUCGCACGAUGUUAUAGACCUAACUUCCUCCAGCUCCGGCAGAAAGAAGUACAAUGGCGUAUUCAAUCCUAACCGUUUUGGAAUCGCGCCUGGAUACAGGUGGGACGGCGUCGACCGUUCAAAUGGCUACGAGCAAAAAUGGUUUGAAACCAAGAGCGCCAUCAAAGCCGGUGAAGAAGAAGUUUAUAAAUGGAGUGUUGAAGACAUGUGAGGGAUUGGAUUUUUAUAUCCUUUUAUGUACAAUAUGUCCAGAUUACAUAAAAUCCUAUUUUUACUGUGUAAAUACAAGCAACUUUUAAAAAGUGU